AUGGCGAUUUUGAUUCCGGAUUUGGAUAUGCUCAUGUUACGGCAAAGUGGGUUCUACGAAAUUGGCAAUCCGAUGAAAGCUAGUUUCCGAUCGGAAUCGUUUCCGAGCGGAAUAAAUUUCGAUGAGUUGGAGCCUUCUGGCCCAAUCGACAUAAAGACAGAUAAUCCCCAUCUGAAUCCUCCUACUGAAAAGCAGAAAAGGAAAGCGAAAAAGAAGAUUUGCGUCAUCAUGAAGAUGCAAGUAGACACAGACUCUGACGGCGAAUCCAACCGCCUUGAAAUAGAAACAGUUUCCUCAACACCAGAGGCUACAAUUCAAACCACCCUGUUACCAGCGCCUUAUGACACCAAUUGUACCGACUUCAUAACUCCAUGGAUUCAAAAUAAUGGAACGGGUCCUCUUGAUCCUAAGGAUUGUUUCUACCGUUGUGUUUUGGUUACAUUAAAAUCAAUGAAUUCUUGCAUUCCUUAUGAUUUUCCUAUACCUCACGAGGAAGCAAUGUGCCCAGUUCGACGCACAUCAGCUGUUUUGACGAAAUUUGACUCGGAUUUGUUUGAUCAUCCACCUUACUGCCCUCAUCUUGCUCCCAGCGAUUUACCCGUUUUCUUGCACGUCAAGAAAUUCCUGUCCGCAGGUGAGAAUUUUGGCAACGACGAAGAGCUGAAGACGCUUAACAACAUAUCUUUGACUAUAACCUUUAACCAAUUCUCGCUUAAGAAAUUGACUUCAGUGCCCAGAAUACAGGAAAGCAAGAAUACCAUUCGAGCGUUUGAAGUUAGAGUCGAACGGAAAAGAGAAAAAACAACUUCUGAGACUCAAGAAACGUCAUUGCCUGUAAAAUAUUUCCAGAGAUCGUUCAUAUCUUCUAUAGCAGAUGUUGCUACGUCGAAAUCUAAAAAAGAAAAAUGGAUUAAACUGAUGAUAUUUGCAUUGAAUGUGAGCGCAUUUCUAUUUUUCACAUUCGAUUUUUCAAAACAAUAUCUUGCCUACGAAACUGUUUCAAUCGAAAGAAUAGAAAGACCCGUAACCAUAGAUCGACCAGCAAUAACUUUUUGUAAUGCGAAUCGGCGACAUCGAAAGUAUGUCUGCAAGAAAUAUCCGCAUAAAUGUGUUUUUUUCAAUUCCGGGGAUGAUGUAUGCAGCAGAUAUCCCAGAUAUUGCAACUUCUUAAAAGUAUACAGAGGCGUUUAUACAGGCAAUCCUGUAUGCCAAGAUGAUGAUUGCUAUACCUGGAAGGAAACGAUAGCUCUAUUUAAACCUUUUAUACCUAAUGUAAUCGACAACAAUUACAAACAUUCUAAUUCAGAUAAGAUCUUUACAAAAGUUCCUUUCACCGAUAACGAAGGGGAAGCUGUCAUUUGUCUUUCCUAUGGAUUGAAGUAUCCAGUUCAGUAUUCAAAAAUCAACAGAACAACUUUUAACAAAAAAUUAAAAAAGGGUGAUGUUUGGAAUAAAGAGAGUACAAUUGAAACUUGGAACGAUAUAUCUUUCCUUUUUCUAAUUGAACUGGAUGAAUACCUUGAUCCUGUUGAAAAUCCCUCUGUUUAUUUUGCAAUACAUGACUCUGCAAGACUCGUGAAUCCUCUUAAAUAUGGCUUUAAGUUAGAAGUACCAAGAGCGCACCUCAUUCAAGUCAACGAUUAUAUAGAGCAACAUCUUUUACCAUAUCCUUAUGAUACAAACUGUCAAUUACUGAACCCUGAAGGAAAUACCGAUGAAAACUUUGACUUCACGGAAUGCAUAGAAAGUUGCAAGUUUAAUCUUCACGUGAAGCAGUAUGGAUGCGCAGCUCGUUCAAUUAGUAUUAGCCACAUGGUGAAACUUUGUAAAAAAGAUGUAAAAGUUUCAAAAGAAAAUCAAGAAAUUUGCUAUAAAAAGUGCAGCGUUUUGCCUUGCAUGUCUCGAAUGUUCAAAUACAAACAUAUGGAGAACAUAAAAAAGGUACGAUAUCUUUGCCAUUAUAAAAAGUGUGGAAUUCAUUUCUAA